CAGCGGCAGCUCUCGUUUCUUUUCGUUUCAUCGGUUGAUCAAAUCAUCGUCAUCGUCGUCGUCAAUCCAUUUCAAUUCUCACUUUCUUUUGCAAUGGAACAGCCGCACUCUCAUCAAUCUUCCUUAUCGCCGGACAUUUCAUGCCCACUGGCCUCUUCUUCUUCCCCCUCCGCCCACGAGGAUUCUACUGGCGCAUGUGGAACCUGCCGCAAGUGCGGGGACCCUACCACUUUUGCACCGCCGCCUCUGUCUUGGACCUCCGAAGUUUCACCACCUCCAAAUUAUCGCCCUAUUAGAGCUCCGGCCAUCAAUCUCCCUCCGAAUGAACAGUCUCGGCAAGCCAUAAUUCUCUCGCCAGUUCCUCAAUCGGAGAAGGUACUUCCCGUUGCGCCUCCUUUUCUUUUUCAAGCUCCUUCCAAGAAAAUCCAAUCGCCUGACCAUAUCCGUAGCUUCAACGAUUCUGAUACCGGCAAGAAUUUCCUAGGUUUUAUUGUUGCCCUCUCUGAAUCCAUGCGUGGCCACAAAAUAUCUGAUCCUUGUCAUCAAUCGGACACCGUGAAUACCAUUAUUUCAAUUCUUCAUACGUUGAUUGAUUGGGUUGAUGAAAUUCCUCCCACUGAGCAAGCAGCUCGAUACGGCAAUGUUUCGUACCAAACUUGGCACUCUCGCUUGGUCGAAAACAGCGAAGAUUUCGUGAUACGACUUCUUCCCGACGAUUGGAGAUCCGCCACUGUUGAAUUAGUCCCGUAUUUCACUGAUAGCUUCGGAAAUUCGAGCCGUAUCGAUUACGGCACGGGUCACGAAACUAAUUUCGCUGCCUGGUUGUAUUGCUUGGCGCGGUUGGGGAUUAUUAAAGAAGAAGAUUAUCACGCUGUUGUGGCUAGAGUGUUCGUUAAGUACCUGGAGUUAAUGAGAAAGUUGCAAUUGGUUUAUUGUUUGGAGCCGGCGGGAUCUCACGGAGUUUGGGGUCUUGACGACUACCAUUUCUUACCUUUCAUUUUCGGGUCCUCUCAGUUGAUUGACCAUAAAUAUAUGAAACCCAAAUCUAUUCACAAUCCGGAUAUAUUGGAAAACUUUUCUUCUGAGUAUCUCUAUCUCUCAUGUAUUGCUUUCGUGAAGAAAGAGAAGAAGGGUCUGUUUGCAGAGCACUCUCCUUUGCUGGAUGAUAUCAGUGGGGUUCCUGCUUGGAAGAAAGUGAACAGUGGGUUGCUCAAAAUGUAUAAAGCUGAGGUGUUGGAGAAAGUUCCUAUCAUGCAACAUUUUCUCUUCGGCUGGCUCAUCAAAUGGGAAUAAACUGUGGACGUCGUUUGUGCACAUUUUCUAUGGACUUCACACUACUCUGCUAACAAAUUUUGUAGGAUCAUGGAACCAGAGAAAGUAUGUUCUUUCUUUAACUCUCUUAACUUGUAGUCUUGCUUAAGUGCCCUUAAGUUGAUGAAUCUAAAUACGAGAUUCGAACGUUCAAACUAGAAUAUGGCAUGGAUAUGAAAACGGAGAUCUUAAUAUUUAGAAUAUUUACAUAACUGAAAUUAUUUCA